UGCCAGCGUCUAUCCAUUGAAAUUUGUCUCUCUCUCUCUCUCUGUCUCUCUCUCUCACACACACACACACACACACACACACACGGAAAGAGAUGCAGAAGAGGAGGGUCAAGCAGAGCUGUGUGAUGGGACUGACUUUAUAGAGGAAUAUCCACAGGCACUUCCAACUGAGACUGAGAAGCUUGAGUGUCGCAGUCCGUUGGCGGAUGUUAAAUUGAGGCGCGCGCGUUAACUGAAUAGCGCGAUCUGUUUCUAACUGUCUAGUGGAUUUAUAAUCGACAUUAUUUGACUAAACGCGGUUAUUUCAUCUUCAAGGAAUAAUUCAGAGCUUUACAGGGAUAACCUUACCUUCGCUGUACGAUGGGGGAGAUUUGUCACCGAAGUUGGACUAUAGUGAAGUAGCACCAGUUUAAAUAUUUAGGUGCUGCCCAAACGACCUUUCGUCCAUUUUGUCUGUACGCCAAACAGUUUUCGUUACUUCCGUGGGUUUUUACGGUGAUGUAACAAACAAUAAUAAUAAAAACUGAUUCAACGCAGAAUGGGACGUGAACGGAUGAAGUUUCACCACUGAGGAGCGUUAUGGUGAGUGUUUGCGUGGCCGAAGCCAUGCUGAUCUUCAGUGCUGGGUGGUGGAGUGUGGUCCUGCACCAGAGCCUGUGCUGCUGAAGCCGUGUGCUGCUCCCCCCAUGGCUCCAUGGGAGCUGCUGCUGCUGACUUUCAGCCUCCGCUACUGGCUGACAAGCUCUGCCAGUUUAGCUGAAGAAGGCCCUGCAGGACCCUUGGACUGGCUUCUUUCUGACAAGGGCCCAUUUCACCACUCACAGGAGUACACUGAAUUUGUGGAGAGGAACCGUCAAGGAUUUUCCACAAGAUACAAGAUCUACAGGGAAUUUGGCCGAUGGAAAGUGAAUAACUUGGCUGUGGAGCGGCGGGAUUUCCUGAACUCCCCCUUGCCUCUCACCCCGGAGUUUAUAAGGAACAUUCGACUCCUGGGACGCAGGCCCACAGCCCAGCUAAUUACUGACAACCUGAUCAAGAAAUAUGGGACCCAUUUUCUACUGUCAGCUACACUAGGAGGAGAGGAGGCUUUGACUAUAUUUGUGGACAAGAGAAAGUUGAGUAAGAAAGCAGAGGCAAGCGACUACACCAGUAACAGCACAGCGGUGACUCUGGAGGCCCUGCACCAGCUGGCUGCCUCCUAUUUCAUAGACAGAGAGAGUACUCUGCGAAAACUGCAUCACAUCCAGAUUGCCUCCACUGCCAUCAAGGUAACUGAAACCAGGACUGGUCCUCUCGGCUGCAGUAAUUAUGACAACCUGGAUUCUGUCAGUUCUGUGCUGGUUCAGAGCCCUGAGAACAAAGUCCAUUUGCAAGGCUUGCAGGUCAUUUUGCCAGAUUAUCUCAGAGACACAUUUGUCCAAGCAGCUCUCAGUUACAUUGCCUGCAAUGGAGAGGGAACAUUUGUCUGCCGAGGGAAUGACUGCUGGUGCAAGUGUGACCCUAAGUUUCCAGAGUGCAACUGCCCCUACAUGGAUAUUCAGGCCAUGGAGGAAAGCCUUUUGCGAAUCUCUGAAUCCUGGGCUCUUACUUACAAAGAGUUUGAAGAUUCAGAUGAGUUCAAAACAUUUCUGAUGAGGCUGCCGCAGAAUUUCUUUCUCAACUCCUCCACCAUCCAACAUUUGUGGUCGCUGGAUGGUGUGUUUCAGCGGCGUUACGAGCAGCUGGAAAGCAACAUGAAAAGUCUCUUCAGACGAGCCCAGCGAGUGGUUUACAAGCUCUUCAGCCUCAGCAAGAGGUGCCAAAAGCAGCCCCAUAUCAACUUGCCGCGUGAAAGGCCACAGUCGUAUUGGCUGAACUACUUCCAGUCUUUGCUAUACUGCUCUGAAAACAACCAGCUGGGAUCCUUCUCGGAAGAACUUCACACCUGCAUUUGUUCAUACGACCACAGCACCUGCCAGGUUCCCACACCAUGCUUCGUUGGUGAAGGUGCUGCCUGCGCUGUGUGUGCCAGCGACAACCACACUCGCUGCGGCAGCUGCAAUAUCGGCUACAUGCUAAGUCAAGGAGCCUGUCGACCAAUGGUGGCAGACUCCACCGAGAACUACUUGGGCUUUGAGACCGAUCUUCAAGACCUGGAGCUUCGCUAUCUCCUCCAAAGAGCCGAUCGGCGCUUGGAAGUCCACGCUAUCUUUAUUAGUAAUGACAUGCGUUUAAAUAGCUGGUUCGAUCCUUCAUGGAGGAAGAGGAUGCUGCUUACGCUAAAGAGUAAUAAAUACAAAUCCAACCUAGUCCAUAUGCUUUUAGGCAUCUCUCUUCAAAUCUGCCUUACAAAAAACAGCACUCUGGAACCCGCGCUCACCCUCUUUAUCAAUCCCUUCGGAGGCAGCCACUCUGAAAGCUGGCUAAUUCCUGUAAAUGAGAACGGUUUUCCAGAUUGGAAGUCGACUAAGCUGGAUCUUCCGCUGGAGUGCUUUAACUGGACUUUGACUUUCGGGAACAAGUGGAAGACUUUCUUUGAAACCAUCCAUAUUUAUCUGAGAAGCCGCAUUAAAACUUCUGGAGCCGGGGCUAAUGAGAGCAUUUACCUAGAGCCUUUGGAAAUGGCCGACCCUACUAGAAACCUGGGGUAUAUGAAGAUUAACAGCAUUCAAGUGUUCGGCUACAGUAUGCAUUUUGACCCGGAAGCGAUCCGGGACUUGAUCCUGCAGCUGGACUAUCCAUACACGCAGGGCUCGCAGGACUCGGCCUUGCUCCAGCUGCUGGAGAUCCGAGACCGGGUCAACCGUCUCUCUCCGCCGGGUCAACAACCUCUGGAUCUGUUCGCAUGCUUAUUACGCCACCGUCUCAAACUGACAGCUAAUGAGGUGGUGCGCAUUCAUGCCUCGCUCCAAUCUUUUAAUGCCCGUCUGCCCAACUCUCUGGAUUACGAGACCACUAAACUCUGCAGCUAACAGCUAAAGCAUCAUAACAGACAGCAAUAGAAGAAUUGUAAAAACGGAGUCAAGUCUCCAAAGACUUUCGGUGAUAGAGACACUGUUUUUGUGACUAAUAGAAGGUCUUGCUCAAAAGAACAGACUGAUUUUUAUUGUAUAGUACACUGAGAUCAAAGAUGAGGUUUGGAAAAUAUAUGGAGUGUAUGUUUGUAAUUUUUAUAUCUGUUUUUUUUCUUUCACGCUUCAGUAACAGUGCACUUUCCUUGGAAAGAAUACAGUGAUGUCAGUCGAUUUUGUAGAUAAAUUGUUAUUAAAACAUCAUGGUCGUAAUUGAGUAACAGUUGCAUUAUUUAUCAGCAGAUUUUUUUUAUCGCUAUGUGACAGCUUAGUUUAUUGGAAAAUCAACUGCGUUUUAUAAUUGCAACUGAGUGCACUUAAUGAUAUGAACGUGAUAUAUGACUUCGAUAAAAUAAGAAUGAAACAGAAUUAUUA